GACAACUGCUGCAUGGAAGUGAUCUGAACUUUGGAUGCUAUUUCCAUCCAUCGUACAGUUGAGACUUUCAGAAUUCCGUCAGCCUAAGCUCAGCUUGGAGAGAAAGGAGGGGGCGCCUGCCGUGUGCGAGUCGACUUCGCCGAGUGUUUCGUACGUCGGCUUCUGGAGGAGAAGACGCGGUAGGAACAUUUUGUUGUUGUGACUGGCCCCCGGUGACCUGGCAAAGAUGGAUCUUUCCAAAGAAACUUGAAGUCAGAUGGAUUAGGAGGAGCUUUUUACCAUCUGGCUGGCAAGACUACUUGCAUCUUUCCCCACUGGACGCAUUCUGUUGCGACUGCGCCCAUGAGGUAACGUCGGGUAUUAAAACGUCCUCACUACCGCCCCUUGGUCCGUCCAUUUCCCUCCCCUCUGCCCCCUCCUCUCUCUAAACAAUGGGUCAGAAGAUUUCCGGCAGCAUCAAGUCAGUGGAUGUACGUGGGGAGCCCUCCUACAGGCCCGUACGGCGGGAACUGCGCGGUCCUGAUUUUUGCCGCCCUCCACGGUUGGACUUGCUACUGGACAUGCCACCAGCAAGUACAGAUGCUCAGCUUCGCCACGCUUGGAACCCUGACGAUCGAUCACUGAAUGUUUUCGUGAAGGAGGAUGACAAACUGACGUUCCACAGACACCCUGUAGCGCAGAGCACAGACUGUAUCCGUGGAAAAGUGGGCUACACCAGGGGUCUACACGUUUGGAGGAUAAAUUGGCCAGCCAGGCAAAGGGGCACCCAUGCUGUUGUGGGAGUGGGCACAGCUGAAGCAUCUUUGCACUCGGUGGGAUACACCGCCCUCGUGGGCUCAGACUCAGAGUCGUGGGGCUGGGACUUGGGUCGGAACAAACUAUAUCAUGAUGGAAAGAAUCGGCCUGCUUCAACGACAGCGCCCACAUACCCCUGUUUUCUUGAACCAGACGAGUCCUUUGUUCUUCCAGACUCUCUAACAGUAAUACUAGACAUGGAUGACGGAACGUUAAGCUUCAUGGUGGAUGGACAGUAUCUAGGAGUUGCUUUCAGAGGACUAAAGGGCAAAAGACUGUACCCCAUCGUCAGUGCUGUGUGGGGCCACUGUGAAGUGUCGAUCCGCUAUGUCAAUGGCCUUGAUCCGGAGCCCCUCCCUCUCAUGGACCUGUGCAGACGUGCCGCUCGCCUUGCCCUCGGUAGGGAGCGCAUCCAUCACAUCGACACUCUUCCCCUGCCGCAGACCCUCAAGAACUACCUCCAGUACCAGUGACCCUGCUCACUUGCUCAUGCAGAACCGAUAGAUUUUCAAAUGAACCAGCUUUCAUCAUCAUCAUCAUCAUCAUCGUCGUCUUUGUUAGACAGAUGGUGAACACUGACUCCAGUUACAGCCCCAAACGCUGCAGUGAAUGGUUUUAGUUUACCAACUCCUCUAUUGAUGACCUUGAGGAAGCCUCUUUUCAUGGGUGACCGUUUGAAAGUAACAAUCUCAUGUUCAGUUCAGCAUCGAAAGCGAGUUUGUGGAAUAGAAAGCAUGUUGCUUGCUAUUUCUGACUUUUAUUUGCACACAAACAUCAACUCAAAAGCUGUUAGUUGUCAUCACCUAGCAACCAAAUAUUCAAAUUUCAGUUGGCGUUGUCUGAUUUUAUGUUUGUUUUAAUGAAACUGUCUCGGACUCUGCAGCUCUCUGCCCUAACGUCAGUGCGUGGAACUGAAGUCUUAUGUGCGUCUUCUAGAGAGUCGUCUUCAUGAUUUUAAAAAUGCUGCUUUUAUAUCUUUUCUUCCACGGUCUUACACUCGAGUGGGUUUUAAUCCAGAGAAAGUUUUGUUGAUAUAUUUUUUAAGUUUUUUUUUUUUCUUUUAUUGACUUUUAAGAUUUGUCUGCCAGACGUGAUGUCUCGCAGGUUUUGGUGGAAGAAUGUCUUAACCUGAGAAUCUUUUUGAAUGUGAAUAAAGUAAAC